CUGCCUGCGUCGUAGGAUUGUGGGACUCCCAGCUGGUGGAGUGGAGCUUCCGAGUGUCCACUCCAAUUCUCCAACGCCAGGGUGUUGCAGACUUGCAGGCAGUGGAACAUGGACAAGGAAGGCGACGGCCACCACCACCACGCCAUCCGAGUCCCAUCCCCAGAUAACAUAGCAAUGGUGGAGGAGACAUCGCAGCCAAAUGGCGCACCGUCGCUGAGACGGAAAGCAGGCGAGAUGAUCGCCACCUCCCUGGAGACGUACCGGAGCAAGCCCUUCUCCUUCUGGCUACUCCUGUUCCUGAGCAGCGGCGCCAUGCUCACCGCGUUCCCGGCGUCGAGCCUCCUGUCGCGGCUCUACUACAACGAGGGCGGGCAGAGCAAGUGGAUCCUGUCGUGGGCGGCCGUCGCCGGCUGGCCCCUGCCCGCGCUGCUCCUGCUGCCGCUGUAUCUCCUCGGCAGGGCGUCGCCGACGCCGCUGUCGCUGUCGCUGUGCUCCUGGUACGUGCUCCUUGGGCUCCUCAGCGCCGCCGACAACCUCAUGUACGCGUGGGCCUACGCGUACCUCCCGGCGUCCACGGCCUCGCUCGUCGCCGCGUCGUCGCUCGCCUUCUCCGCGCUCUUCGGCCGCGCCAUCGCCAAGAACCGGCUCAACAUGUCCUCGCUCAACGCCGUCGUCGUGAUCACGGCGGGCGUGGUGAUCGUCGCGCUGGACUCCGGGUCGGACAGGCCCCCCGGCGUCACGCCCCGCCAGUACGCGCUCGGCUUCGUCCUGGACGUGCUCGGGUCGGCGCUCCACGGCCUCAUCUUCGCGCUCUCCGAGCUCGUCUUCGCCAGGGCCCUCGGUAGGCGCUCGUUCCACGUGGUGCUGGAGCAGCAGGCGGCGGUGUCGCUCUGCGCCUUCGCCUUCACCUCCGCGGGCCUCGCCGUCGCGGAGGGCUUCCCGGCCAUGCGGCGCGAGUCGGCACGGUUUGCGCACGGUGGCCAGCCGGCGUACGCGAACUUGAUGGUGUGGACGGCACUCACGUUCCAGCUGGGCGUCCUCGGAGGCACCGGCGUGCUGUUCCUGGCGUCCACUGUCCUCGCCGGCGUGCUGAACGCUGUCAGGGUGCCCCUGACGAGCAUCGCCGCGGUGAUCUGGUUCCAUGACCCCAUGAGUGGCUUCAAGAUCUUGGCUCUGGUCAUCACGGUGUGGGGGUUCGCGUCCUAUAUUCUUGGACACUCCUCUUUUAGAAAAACGUAACAAAUUAGAUAUCAUCUCAUUGCAAAAAAUGAUGAAAGAUUUUAAUUUAUUUAAGAUUUAAAUUUAUCU